UUAGCCCCAAUGUUUAGUGUUACUCUCACUGUAUCUUCCUUGCUGCCAAAGCAAAACAAGCCUAUAAAAAUCCUUUCAUUUCUCCCUCUGGCUCUGAUCAUUGCGAAUUGUGUAUCUGCACUGAGGUUUUUGUACUACUGUGAAUCCAAACGGAGCCAUGGUAGUUGAGGACAAUGUAGAGGCUCUAAAGCAGUGUGAUCAAGCAUAUGAGGAGGAACAGAUGCACUAUGUCCCUUGGGAAUUGGUUGGUCGUCCUGGGAAUGAUUCUGAGAUAUUAUAUCAUUGCUACCUAAUUGCUCUUCAGCCUGGUUAUAGUUGUGAUACCAUGCCUCACGAUAUUUUGCUUGCUACAAGAGCUAGGCUUGAAUUUGAUGAUGAGACAUUGACUUUUGAGUUAGAUGUUGACAGAGGCAACUUAAAGAUACGAAUGAAAUAUGUUACACAUAUUAAACUAACGUCUGAAGAGGUUCUUCUUUGCCAGAAGUUUCAAGUUACACUUUUAAGGCUACUCCUUGAUCACAAUCAGAAUAAGCUGCAGGAAGCAUUGAGUGGAUUAAAUCAAAACAGUCAACGUGACGUCUUUGAUUAUCUUCUGAUUCCAUCUACAGGCCUGCAUGAAAAUCCAUCAAUUGAUUGGACGUGUGUUAGUUCUGUUCUAUUUCCUCAGGAAAACAUUUCAGAUAAGCAUAUGGAUUGUUGUUCUAACAGAGUUCAAGGUCGCUACGUGCACACAGUCAAUGGAUUGAUCUGCAGCUGCACAUUGCAGAAUUCUUUGGUAGUGACUCCUCAUGAUGGUAUCAUGUAUUGCACUACUGGCAUUUUGGAUGAUUUGAACAGCAAUUCAUUGCUAAAGCGGAAAAGAAAAUGGCAUGGGAUCACAUUGCGCUUCGAGGAAGAACCAUUUCUUAGUGGACAGCAUCUGUUUACGGUGCAGAACUAUCUUCUGGGAUGUAGGAAUCAAAAGACAAAAGGCUCAAGAAAUGCAUCAGUUGAGUUGCCUCCAGAACUUUGUGAAGUGAUCAUGUCUCCUAUAUCCAUUGCCUCAAUUUUUUCCUUCUCAUAUGCUCCAUCUAUCAUACACCGGAUAGAGUCCUUCUUAAUAGCUGGCAACUUGAAAAGAAUGCUCGUGGACCACUGUACGCAAAAUGAUAUAAUUCCGACGAUCAAGGUCGUGGAAGCAAUUACGACUAAAAAUUGUCAAGAGAAUUUGAAUUUGACACCAUUGGCAACCCUUGGAGACUCCUUUUUGAAAUAUGCUGUGAGUCAACAACUAUUCAAGAGACAUCAAAAUCACAACAUAGGUCUUCUUACGGAGGACAGGAAAAAAAUCAUCUCCAACAAAGCACUAUGCAAGCUAGGAUGCCAUAAGAAGAUACCGGGCUUUAUCCGCAUUGAUCGUUUUGAUCCUAAAACAUGGAUCAUACCUGGUGAUAACUCUAGAACCUACACACUGGAGAAAGAGCAGCUUUCACCUAGCAGAACUAUUUAUGACAGGAAGAAGAGGAUGAUUGAAAUGAAGACCGUUGCUGAUGUAAUUGAGGCCCUCAUUGGUGUAUUCCUUUGCUCUACCAGUGAAAUAGCAGCCUUAGCGUUUAUGGAGUGGCUCGGUAUUGAAGUUGACUCUAUUUAUGUGCCUUACAUAAGGCCACUCCCUGCAAAUCCAGGGGAGGUGGUCGAUCUCAGAUUUUUCGAGACGCUAUUGAAUCAAUACUCAUUCCAUGAUGCUUCUCUCCUUGUUGAAGCACUUACUCAUGGUUCAUACAAGCGACCUGAGAACCCCAGAUGCUAUAAGCGUCUAGAAUUUCUUGGGGAUGCGGUGCUGGAUUAUCUCAUCACCAUGCACCUCCAUAAUGAGCAUCCCAAUUUGUCUUCUCGAUUAUUAACAGAUUUAAGGUCAGCUUCUGUGAACAAUGACUGCUAUGCACGAGCUGCAAUUAAAGCUGGACUUCAUCAGCACAUUCUACUACACGAUUCACAACACCUGAAGCCGCGCAUUCUCGCUAUUGUUAAAAAUUUUAAGCAAUCAUCACAAGACUCGACUUCUGGGUGGGAGUCAGAGCCGGUAAUCAAGAUUCUUGCAGAUAUUAUAGAAUCUCUUGCCGGGGCUAUAUACGUUGAUUCUGGAUAUGACAAAGAGGUUGUAUUUCAAAGCAUAAAGCCACUUCUUGAGCCUCUGGUUACCCCUGAGACACUAAAGCUACAACCUGGGAGGGAACUGAAGGAAUUGUGUGAGAAGGAGAACUUUGUCAAGAAGGAGGAGGAUGGCAAGCUUGAGGUUAAUGCAAAUGGUGCCAUUUAUGUUUGUGGACUAACUGCAGCAAACAAGAAGACAGCAGAAAAAAUAGCAUCCAUGAGAAUUCUGGAGAUGCUAAAGAAAAAUUAUGACGCCGGGGGGAGCCACAUACAACCUCGCCUGUCUUGUGAUAUCAGACAAGUCAGAUAGCCUUAUGGCUGGAUCAUAUAAGAUCCUGAUGAUGUUUUUAUUCCAAAAAAAAAAAUUAAUAAACUUGCUUAUCGUCAUCAUCAUCAUCGGAAAGGUGAUUCAGAUUGUUGGUGUU